GGUGAGUGGUGGGGGGGGGGGGGUGACUCGCCCGCUCGGGUUUUGGUGCCUCUUUUUAGCUUUCUCUUUUUUUUGAUUUGCCGCGGUGGAGUACCAUGGUGGUCCGCCCCAUAAGAGCGUGAGCGGCCGGGAUUUUUUUGUUGUCCCGGGCGAACCGACGAGGAGCCGGCGGGCGACGUGCGGCUGUGCUGGGGGUGGGGGGGGGGCGAGGGAGGAGCGGAACGAGACAAAGAGACGGGAAGGGGAGAGAGGCGAUGAAUUUCCAGCAGCAGCAGCUGUCCAUCUCGGCUGCCAUUCGCGCCGAGAUCCAGCGGUUCGAGAGCGUCCACCCCAACAUCUACGCCAUCUACGACCUCCUGGAACGCGUGGAGGAACCGUCGGUGCAGAACCAGCUGCGAGAACACAUCAUCUGCAUCGAGGAUUCAUUUGUGAACAGCCAGGAGUGGACGCUGAGCCGUGCCGUGCCGGAGCUAAAAGUGGGCAUUGUGGGUAAUCUGGCAAGCGGGAAGUCGGCCCUGGUUCACCGCUACCUGACGGGGGCGUACAUGCAGGAGGAGUCUCCCGAAGGAGGUCGCUUCAAGAAGGAGAUUGUCGUGGAUGGGCAGAGCUACCUGCUCCUCAUCCGCGAUGAGGGAGGUCCCCCAGAGCCACAGUUCGCGUCGUGGGUGGACGCGGCCAUCUUCGUGUUCAGCCUGGAGGACGAGAUCAGCUUCCAGACGGUGUACAACUACUACAGCCGCCUCGCCAACGUGCGCAACAUCGCCGACCUGCCGCUGCUGCUGGUUGGCACGCAAGAUGCCAUCAGCGCCACAAAUCCGCGCGUGAUCGACGACACACGCGCACGCAAGCUCUCCAAUGACCUCAAGCGCUGCACCUACUACGAAACGUGCUCCACCUACGGCCUCAACGUGGAGCGCGUCUUCCAGGAUGUGGCUCAGAAGAUCGUCGCAUCCAGGAAGAAGCAGCAGGUCUCCAUCGGGCAGUGCAAGUCGCUGCCAAACUCGCCCAGCCACACGUGCGUCUCGUCGGCGGCGAUGCCACCCGUGCACGUCAACCAGGUGACUAUAGCGAGCAACAGCACUGGUGGCGGUGGCGGUGGCGGUGGCGGCGGGGGCGGCGCCAGCGACUGCUCCUCGUCGAUGCCCUCCACGCCCAGCACGAGCCAGAAGGAGCUGCGCCUUGAGACGGUGCCCUCCUCCUCGGGCACGCCGACGCCCGUGCGCAAGCAGUCCAAGCGCCGCUCCAACCUCUUCACGUCACGGAAGGGCAGCGACACGGAGAAGGAGAAGAAGAGCGGAGAAGGGAAGUCCGAUAACAUCGGCAGUGGCAGAGCCAUCCCCAUCAAGCAGGGAGUUCUAUUGAAGCGCAGUGGGAAGUCGCUCAACAAGGAGUGGAAGAAGAAAUACGUCACCCUGUGCGACAACGGCAUCCUCACCUACCACCCGAGCCUGCAUGAUUAUAUGCAGAACGUGCACGGGAAGGAGAUCGACCUGCUACGCACCACGGUGAAGGUCCCCGGUAAGCGUCCGCCGCGGGCCUACGCGGGGGCCCCCGGGUCCAGCCCCAAGGAGAACGGGCUGACCAAGGACCCCAGCAACACGCAGCUGUCCACCUCGGCCUCCAUGGGUGCCGGCGGCGUGCAGGCCGAGCGCUCCACCAGCGGCAUCAACCUCGUGUCGUUCGUGGCACGACCCGAGGGCCUUCACCAGCGCUCCUUCUCGGUGUCGGGUGCCGAGCAGUGGGGCGACGCUGGAGGCCCCGCCGGCGGUGGGCUCAGCUCAAAUCAUGGCUGGACCGACGGCACAUGCGACUCCCUGGGCCCUGGGCUGGCGCCCUGCGCCACCACCAGCCCCAAGCUGGAGCCGCCUGCGUCGCCGCACGCCAACCGCAAGAAGCACCGGCGGAAAAAGAGCGCUGCCAACCCGAGGCCGGACGGCGCGGCCAACAGCGCGGAAGACGCGGAGGAGUCGUUUGAGUUCCUCAUCGUAUCGCUCACGGGACAGAGCUGGCACCUGGAGGCCUCCAGUGCGGAGGAGCGCGAGGCCUGGGUCCAGGCCAUCGAGAGCCAGAUCUUCGCCAGCCUGCAGUCCUGCCACAGCGCCGGCAGCAAGACGCGGACGGGGAGCCAGAGCGAUGCGGUUACGAUCCAGUCGAUCCGGAACGUGCGCGGGAAUUCUGUGUGCGUGGACUGUGACGCCCCCAACCCGGAUUGGGCGAGCCUGAACCUGGGCGCCCUCAUGUGCAUCGAGUGCUCGGGGAUCCACCGCAACCUGGGCACGCACCUGUCGCGCGUGCGCUCGCUCGACCUGGACGACUGGCCGCUGGAGCUCGCCGCCGUCAUGCUGGCCAUCGGCAACGCCUUGGCCAACGGCGUGUGGGAGGCCGACACGCGGGGCCGUGGCAGGCCGCAGCCAGACUCGCCCAGGGAGGAGAAGGAGCGGUGGAUCCGAGCCAAGUACGAGAGCCGCGCGUUCCUGGGGGCGGCGCCGGCGUGCGAGGUGCCGCUGGGCCAGCAGCUGCUGCGCGCCGUCGUGGAGGACGACCUGCGAGCCGCCGUGCUGCUGCUGGCGCACGGCUCGCGCGACGACGUCAACGAGACGUACGGCGACGGAGACGGACGCUCCGCGCUGCACCUCGCCUGCGCCAUGGCCAACGUCGUGCUGGCCCAGCUGCUCAUCUGGUACGGCGUCGACGUGGGCGCCAGGGACGCGCGGGGACACACGGCGCUCGUGCACGCGCGUCGCGCCAACAGCACCGAGUGCGCGGAGCUCCUCAUUCAGCACGGCUGCCCCGACGAGGCCGCGGCGGCAGCAACAACGGUUGCCGCCACGACAACAACAACAACAGCGACGACGACGACAGCCGCCGCGACAGCAGCGGCCGCGGCCGCGCGCGGCUGCAACUCCAACGUCGGCAACAGCAACGCGUCGUGCGGCCGCGGGGAUGCCAAGGCGUCGACCAGCAUCGUGUGAUCACCCGUGGGAAAUCACGAUCGCUCGCGCCUCUCGCUCCCUCCCCCGCCCGCAUCCCAUGCCGCUGUGCGGUCGGCACGUGGCUUUUCGCCUUGAAACGUUUCUUCGAUGGGUCGUGUCGACGGCUCGGUUGGGAUCGGCGUGGUCGACGUCUCCUCCUCCCAAGCCGGGCCACGUGGCCUGGGGAAAGAGCGCCGUGCCUCUGGGACCCUCCAGUGUUGCUGCCGCCUGCCUCCUUCGCUACAUCGCGAGCAUUCCGUUUCGGCUCCGAAAUUAACGUCAUGUAUUUAAGCCUGCGUGUAUAUAUACACGUGUAUCCUGCGUGGCGAGCACCUAUGAAGGCCGGCACGGCACAAGAGGGGUUGAGUGGCCGGCCAGCACAACGCCCGGCCGCCUUUGUCUCCCUCUUGGUGACGUGUGCACAGCGGAGCAGGUACUAAUUUGAGGCUGAGUCGACCUAGGGGAGGCCCAGGAUCGGUUCAGAUAAUUGUCACUGGUGUUGGCCGUGAGCAUAAAUCGAACUCGGAUCACCGGGUUCGUAGCGGAGCGCGCUAACCGUUUCGCGACCGCUCCCCUUCAUAGGUGGUCGCUAAGAGCACUUGCCCCAACAGUCUGUUAAGGCUAUCUUUGUUUUUGUCUUUGUAUCCUGUAUAGCGCAUAGCACCUCAGGUACCGACCACGGACUCACCGUUGUCAUCGUCUCUUCGUUCGAACAUUUGAGAUGGAGCAGCUCGAAGCGAAAACUCCAGGGCUGUGCAAAUUCCGCAGCUGCGUCCAGACAAGGCAUGCACUGCAGAAGUUGUGUUUCAACAAAGAACGGAGCUCAUUUACUGGCUGCCGAGUACAAAUUCCAGUGGCAGCAUUUACUCCCAUAUAGCGUUUGCCAAACCCUAUUUUUUUUUAACUCACCAUGGUAUCCCAUGUUUACGAAUCUUCUUUAAGAGUACAGAUGAUGUAGUUAACACACAACACGCACACCCCUUGAUUGCUACACAUGCCCCACGUGAUAUCGAGAGCUGUCAACGUCACUGGGAUGCACGUGUACGCACACGCACGUGUGCACGCACGCACGUGUGCACGCACGCACGUGUGCACGCACGCACGUGUGCACGCACGCACGUGUGCACGCACGCACGUGUGCACGCACGCACGUGUGCACACACGCACACAUACAACAGCGAUAGCGUCAGUUUAAUCAGCGCUCUCUGUUAGACCUGCGAGCUGCGUUAAUUCAUCAUCGGGCAUGUGCAGUGCAUGUGUGUACGCGUACGCCCCACGCAACAGAUAGCGCCGAUUCAACUAAAGCGUGCGUAUGUUUGCGAGUGUACCACGUGACUUAGCGGGAAGUGUUUAGCGAUCAUCCGGUGUGGCCAGCGUGCUGGCUUAAUUUCUAUUUGAACCAACUGAUCAACAUGGCAAGGCAUACAAUUGUGGGCCACAGUAACCUGGCUCUAAUCCAUCACUUGUUUUGCCUUGGUCACAGUGGAUCAUUAAAUGUUUUUAUUAUCUUUAAAACAAUGUCAUUCAUUAAAUGUUAACUCUACAGCGCUCACAGUGGGAUAUCUUCAGAGCGGGAGAUAAACCGUCUUUUUUUAAGAAAUCAAAUAAUGUUCCCUCUCUCACUCUUGAAUUCUCGCCCACCUCCACAUGCUAAUUAAAUCGCUAAAGAUUGGUGAACAAGGUAACUUCGUUAAACCUGCAGUGUGAUUGAUCAAGAGUAGGGGCAUUUAAUAAGUCAUCGUGAUCGUAGAUUUCAUAUCACACUCAGAUUUCAGUCAAACUAUCGAGAAGUCGCGCACAUCGGAGACUCCGUCACUACCUCAGCUUCAUAACAUUCAUGACCCACCGCAUUACAGCGUUCCGAGUUUACAAAUUCACCUCCGCUAAAGCGCCGAUUAAUUACAGGCCGUGUGAGCCUGAUGAUUGCUUCACACAUCCGUGGUGGCUGUGAGGCGCUUUGAUUAAAUAUAAAUCGGGGGCUUUUCUGUUGCACCUCGACACGGGAAGAUCGGGUAAGACACGGACAACAUUCAUUUGCUCCCUCACCUCACGUGGGAGACGUGCAAAAGCUUCCCCGCGUAGACGUUAGCAGCUUCACAAGCGCACUCGCACCGCGAGGCCUGCCUCUCGUUUAAAUUGAAUCGGUGCUCUCAAUUUCAUUUGGGAGACGUACACAGCGAAAUAAAUAUCCUCCGCGCGCCGUUUUCCGGCUGUUCUGGCAGGUGCUGUGAUCGAGCACCAAGCUAUUGCGGUAGGAACGGACGCGUAAGAGGGGGGUGGUGGUGGUGGUGUUUGCCAGCACCACACCCAGCCACGAGUGCUAAUAUUUACACGUUUAAGGCCGAGUCGAUCUAGGAAGAGCCCAGCACCGGUUGAGAUAACCACUCGCCUCUUAGGCAUGGCCAGGAAUCGAACUCCGGUAGGUGGUUUUGUAGCACACGUGAGAUGACCACGAAGGUUCCGCUACCCCAUUAGAGGUUUGGCCACUGACAUAUCACAGUACAUAUACGUACACACACACCACACUCGGUUCCUUCGUUAAUUAGAAUCCGGGGCAGUCGCUCCAGCACGUGGAACGAGUUGAGCAAUCAUAGGACGCGUGCAGCGUGUAACGACUUAGUUUGUAUUUGCAAGGGGGUUACAAUCAUUAAACAACUGGCAAAUUC